AUGGCCGAAGGCUCCAGAGCUUCGUCGACCAAGCAUGAAAAUGGAUCCAAUUACAUGAUGGGACACUCGGCCAGCGAGGCAGAGCGCCUCGAUCGACAGCACAUCUUUUUCCGUCAUGUCGUGGACGGACAUCUACUCAGCCCUGCACUGGGUUCUGCCAUCCAAUCUGGCCAAAUUCGUCGAGUCCUUGACAUCGGAACCGGCACAGGCAUUUGGUGUCACGAGGCUGCAGCAACAUUGAAAGAGAUGGACGUCCCAGCACCCGUCAAGUUUGUUGGUAUCGAUAUCGCGGAGAACGAACAUUGGAAGGGCCACGAGGAUGCAUACGCAACAGUGCAUUUCCAAGUGACUGAUCUAAACGAUGAAGUUGGAAUGAGCAAGCUGACCGAGCAAUUUGGCCAGUUUGAUUUGAUCAACUCUCGCAUGAUGAUAAGUGCAGUCCCAAAUGGCAAAUGGGCGGCGUAUAUCAGAAGGAUGUUCAAUCUAUUACGCCCUGGCGGAUAUGUCCAACUCUUCGAAGCCGACAUGAUCAACUCCAAUACCGGUCGUUCGGACGAUCGGACAGUUGCCGAAGCGCUGGUCAUUACCCAUGCCAUAUACAGUGGCAUGGGCCUGGAUCCCGAAACAGCCGUGAGACUUGCAGGUUGGCUUCAUCAGGCCGGAUUUACAUGGGUUCGCGACGUUGCGUACUGGUGCAAUCCGGUGACCCGCCAAGCCGAUGGCAGCCUCAAAAUCGAUGACAUUCUCUAUCAAUGGCACUCCACGGCAUACGGGGUCUUGAAGCCCCUUUUUUUGAAGGUCCGCACGUCCCCACAGUAUUCGCGAUUCCUGGAAAAAUUGCCUCCUCAAGCCAUCAACAAUCUGGGGGGUACUAGCGCGGACGCUCUCCUUGCCAAUGAAGCGGAUUACGAAGAUUUCACGAGGCGUCAUGAGGCUGUACUCACCAGCAAUCCGCUGUACAGAACAGCUUUCCGCUUGGUCAUCGCCCAACGACCGCAAUAG